AAGCAGGCCGAGAGCAGUAACGCUUAGUCUGAAGUGAGCCUUAAAGAGAAACGCCACUCGGUGAAAUCGGGCACGAAACCGCGGAUUUUGCCGGAGAGAAACUGGAGAAAAGCGGACGAAAAAAUUCGCAAACCACGGGGAGUGCACUAUUGUGACAAGUGACGAAGAGUUUGACGCUCGCCGACUAAGGCCAACGGAGUGCCCCGGUAUUAUAUUAUUGAUUUUGAGGAAACUCGGUGAAAACUACUCGGAAUCAAUAUCAGUGCGUUUUAUUCGCGGGCGAUCGGAUCCAGCGUGGGCCGCGCUACGCGUGACUCACACAUCCCCGGAUCACUGAUCGUACAAAAUUGCGUGGUGUUGACGGCUGGAAUUCUAGGAUAAGGGUAUAAAACAUCGAGCAAGGUUGAAGAGCGAGUAAUAGAUAUGGAAGCCAUUUUCACCACAGCUGCUACCCGCCGCGGCCGUCGGCGCGCGAGGGGUGAGCGCCUAGGGUGGGGGGGAUGCCAGCUGAGCCGACCCUUCUCAGCUGCUCCGCGAUAAUACGCGAAAGAAUCAAUACUUAGUUGCACCACAACCCUCGCAGCGAUCAUACUUUUAUUUUUAAUUUUUUUCCCCCGGAUCGAUUAUUUUCGCGGAUUUUUCUCCGAGUUGCGGUGAGUGCGUCGGAUUUUCGGCUGUCGCGUCGGGCGUGAGUGCGAGAGAGGGUUGUAGAGUGGCGCCGCGGAAUUAUUGGUUGGCGUAUCGAUCGGAAUAUUGGUUUCGCGGUGGCGUUCGGAUCGGGUAGCCAUGGCGGCCUGGCAAUGGCGUGCGCUUGAUCCGCGUUUGCCCUCGCUCGGGCUCGGAUCCGCGGGUCCCCGGCGUCGUUUCCGACUCAACUUUGACCCCGCGUUAUGAUGUGGAGCCAAAUCAAGGUGAAAAUCAGACCAGUCCAGUGACCAGUGCAUUCUUUUUCGUCCGACAUGUUUCCCCGGAGCGAGUAAUCGAUCCCACCUGCGAGUGCCGUAUGGAAAGCAUGGGCGAGCUCGAGCAGAAGAUGUCGCGAGAGUCGCUCAUCGAUGGGUCGCGGGCGGGCGGCGUGGAUUCGUCCGGCGGCGCCGCGGCUGCGCACACGACCUGCACCGUCAAGCUGUCCGUGUCGGUGGCGGGUGGCGGCGCGGGCGGCGGCGGCGGGCGCAGCGUUCUCGCCUCGACUUCGCGGACCAUGCUCACCAGUAGUUCAGUUCCUUCCCAUGAGUCGCUCGCCGAGACCUGCUCCAACAACAGCGAUGACUUCGUGGUGCCGCUAGAGGGCACCCCCACCCCCGGCUCCCCGCCGACCCCCGGCUCGACGCCGAGCGGGAAGAUCACCCGCGACCUCGUCGUCAAGCAGGAGGCGCUCUCGGUCAUCGUCCAGCCGCAAGAAGACUCCCAUGACUCGGAGCUCCUGAGCCCGGGCAAGAUCUCGCCCUCGGCCAUGAUCGAGACGGCCGACUUCCGCACCCUCCCGGAGCCCACCUACCAGACCCUCACCUCCGUCAACGGCAGGAUGUCCCCGCCGGGCUACAGCCCCAGCUCCUCCUACGCCACGCUCACCCCGCUGCAGCCCCUGCCGCCGAUCUCGACCAUGUCCGACAAGUUCGUCUACGGCCACACCGGCAACGUCUCCGGGAGCUUCACCGUCAUGCAGAACAACGGGCUCAACAACAUGGGCCUCGGGAUGGGGGUCGCCUCGCCCUACUACGACAAACUGCCCUCGAUGCCCCUGUCGCCGACGCACCACUACUCGCCGUCCAUCGGCAUGGCGCAGCAGCACUCCCCGCUCUCCCCGCAGAGCACCUACUCCCAGAACGGACUCAACUCCCCCGGGCAGAAGUCCCUCUCGCCGACCGGCUACGACUCGCCGUACUCGGCCCGGGGCGCGCUCGUCGUCGCCCCGUCGCCCACCCUGAGUCCGCCCUCGGCAUCGCCCUCCGUCAACUCGCCGCCGAACACGCUCGGGCUCAGCAACGGACUCACGACCAUCACCCCGCACACCGUCGUCGUGUCCCCGGGGCCGCACCACUCUCCGGAGCUCCCCGGGCACGGCGUCAUGGUGUCCACGCCGUCGCCGCCCAAGAUCAUCCAGCAGACGAUCCAGACGGCCCCGCCUUCCGCGGCCACGACGACGAUCUCGAUCAAGGUGAACCAGAGCAACAACUGCUCCAUCGGCAUGGGCUCCGGCUCCGGCUCUGGUUCCGACCUAGAGGAGAUCAACACCAAGGAACUCGCCCAACGGAUCAGCGCCGAACUAAAAAGGUAUAGCAUUCCGCAAGCGAUUUUCGCUCAGAGGGUCCUGUGUCGGUCGCAGGGCACGCUGUCCGACCUGCUCAGGAACCCCAAACCGUGGUCAAAGUUGAAGUCGGGUCGCGAGACCUUUCGCCGCAUGUGGAAGUGGCUCCAGGAACCUGAGUUCCAGAGAAUGUCCGCGCUCCGAUUAGCAGCUGCGCAGAUUCCUCAGCGAAGCAGCGAAGUCUUCGAGCACAUGAAUACGGGAACCAAUGCAUUUGCUUCGGCAGCCUGCAAGCGGAAAGAGGACCCUCAAAUUAUGUCAGAGCAUACUCCUGCUACCAAGAAACCUCGUUUAGUUUUUACAGAUCUUCAGCGACGCACGCUUCAAGCUAUAUUUAAGGAAACAAAGAGGCCUUCGAAGGAGAUGCAGGUGACGAUAGCCCGGCAGCUCGGACUGGAGCCCACGACGGUGGGUAACUUCUUCAUGAAUGCGCGGCGCCGCUCCAUGGACAAGUGGAAGGACGAGGAGCCGGCAAAGGCCGGAGUGGGCGUCGGUGUGGGCAUGGGCGCCCUCGGGAUGGGCGCCCUCUCCGACGACCAGCCAUCGCCCAACAACCUGGGCGGCCAACACCACGACUUGUGACAUACAGCCGGCUACGCGCUCCAGCACUUGGUGUUCUUGUGAGCCCCAACCGCCACCACUUUAAAGUACAACUUGUAUAAAUUGUUAUUGUUAUUUCGAGGGAAUCUCGCCCUCAUCGUCGUGCAAUUUAGCCAGCUAGGAUUUCUACUCGAGAGAUCGGUGCUGAUUCUUCAAUGCAGGUAACAGAGGCGGAUGUAGCAAUUUGGCAACACCGCUUUUUCUUCAUUUAAACCUAUGCUAAACAAUCGAUUCUUGUCGGAGUACCUGGCCUCUCCAAGAAUCGAUACAUUUCCGUAGAUGUAAAUGGAGAAAAGACAAUAAUGCCAAUUUGCUGGAUCCGCCAAGGGUCGGUAACACUGGGAUCCGUCAAUUUAAAUGUAUGUAAUAUAAUCGAUAUCGAUCGAUUCCAUGCGGCUCAUGCUGCCUCGCCAAAAAUCGAUCACAUCGGAUUUAAAUGGAGGGAUAGCAGUGUUGCCAAAUCGGAAGAAUUGCCACUGCACGAGGUUAAGGGACACUUCGGCUGUCGUACGGUUGGAAUGUAUCAGGCAGAAUGAAAGGGUUUUUACAGGAGUGGUACUGAUCAUGGCUUUAAAUUUUCAAUCACUUUUGUUCCAAGACUAUUUGUCCUUUUGAAUUUUGAAGAAGACUCGAUAGUUCCUGUGUCCUAGUGGUCCCAGAGUCAUACAUUUACGAACAUACAUUUUUGAAUGCAGAGUAAUAAAAAUAACUGUAUUUAUUUAAAGCAGCGCUAGGCACUAUACUUAAUAGAGUAAAAUCUGGACGGAUUUUUCGGAUUUUUUAUCGUCAAUUAAUUGUGUGCUAUCCGAUAUUGACAAAACUCACAAUUUCUAAUAAUAUUCAGGACUUUAAAAAGUCAGCAAGCACUUGUGUGUCAACCUUAUUUCAACUCAAUGUUGCGUCUGCACUGUAAAACUGUGCAGCCCAUGUGUCUCUUAACCUCACGCUAAUUUCUCAUAACAUCUGGUUGUGCGCAUUUAAGUUUCUAUGAAAGUUCGGAACAUUUAUCAUGCUCAGAAGUCUUCCUCUUUUGGGGAUUUUCUCGAGAAAUUAGUUAAGAAAUUUUGUUUUAAUGUACACACCCGCGCUGAUACUCACGUUAUUCCAACGUUUUAGUAGUUUCUUUUUUUAUCGGUCAUUUGAACGAAUUCCUGCCAAACGGAACUAUGGGCAUUAAUACAUGAGCCCUAAAACCCAUAAGAAUAUAUGCAUGACAGGGCUCACGUCACAAUGCACAUAGUUUCGUUUGGCAGAAAUACGUCCAUUUAUGUGAUGAACCGAAUAACUCGAGUAACUCGUUCAGUCUGUGCUGGUGAGUGUAUUAAACAACUUUUCUUUUAAUUAUUGAUACUGGCUUAAAAUUCUGGUUGAUGUACGUCAAAUCGUCAUUUUUUUGAUUGAUUUAAAGUAACAUUUUGUUAGAAUAUUAGUUUUAACUGAUGAAUUUUAUACCUUCAAUCUAUAGGGAAGAAACUCUUGAGAUCCAUUGCAAAUAGAAUGGAUGUUGACUCAGAAACAUUUAGCUGAAAAAACCACGAUUUCAAAGCAGUCAUGCAGAAUUUUUUGCUCUUAAUAGAUCUUUGAAUGCGGUGGUGUGGGUGCUGUCGGAAAAUCGAUCCAAUGGAAAAGGGAAAAUCAAUAACAUUGUUCCCGCGGACUUAUCAAAGUUUCAUUACCAUCAUUUUGAGUACCCGGUCCAAAUUAAGAGCGUUUGUGGCAAAUUAUGUGACGUAUUGGUCAUUCUCCCGCCGUGCCUUGAUAAAUGAAAUUUGCGGACAAAAUACGCAAAUUUUCAAAUGUUUUUAAUAUUUGAUGAUAUCAAUUUGAGAGAGCUAUAUGCCCAGCCGAAUAAAACACGCACCUUGCUCCAGCAUGAAAGUAUGAGAACAGCAAAAAUAGCAAAGUAAUCACAGAAGAUAAACAGUUCGAGAAAAGCUUUGAUUUCAUCGUUAUAAAAACUUAAGUGUGGGCAAACUGUGGAUUAUACGGGAACUAAGUAAUUUCAUUUAAACUUUUAACUGAUGUAUUUAAAAUCUGGUUUUGCAUCGCCAAAAAGAGUAAUCUGAGCUUAAAAUCUCGCUCUCUAUAUUUUAUUCUAACAUUUCAUAUUGAGAUGGCGAGUGGUCGGGCAAUCUCAUUAACAAGGUCAAUGGUACUUCCAAAAUGGAGAUUAGAUGUACGUGUGCGAAAGUCAUUCUACAAUAUGUAUUUUAAAUCCCCAAUGAUAGUCAUUAUUUUUAUUUACUCUUGUAUUUCUAAACUUUUCUAGUCAAUAUAAGUUUCUCUUCAUCUCUAGUCUUGGACCUGAUCUCUUCUUGUGCGUCAGGCAAAUUGAUGAGAUUUUUGUACAAAUUUUUUCUGGUCGAACUCGGCUCGGCUUGAGAUUUUUUCGAUCUCUUAAAAUGAAAUUCCAUAAGUAGUUAAUUUUAACUGUGGCUGUGACUAUUUUCAUAUGUACUUAAUUUUCAAAAGUUACAUCAUCGGUAACAUUUUUAAAUGGUCUCUUAGGCUCAUUUAUGAAGCUAAUGCUAGUCAUGAAUACCUUUAUUUUUACCACUUGUGUUACUUCUUAAUUUAUUAUUGUAUCUGCUUGUUCAUAUAUAUUCACCAGGAGUGUAGUUUUUUGAGAGUUUGGAACUCAAGUACUUUUGAUCAUCCUUACUUCUCUCCUCUUUAAUGUUAAUUCAAUGGUCUGACUUUAUUGUAUAUGCUUAGUUAAAAGGAAAGUAAAACGAUCAAUUUAUUGAACAAGAUAAUGCUACACAUUGUGAAGAUGAUACUUCAAUUAUGUUGUUCUGAUCAAUUCACUCAAUAUAUUAUACAGUUUAGAUUAAUUGAAAAUUUUGAUGAAUCAAUGAAAGCUUACGAGGAACUUGAGAGUUGUCGAGAGUGCAAGUUCAAAGAUUUGAUAUCCUUAAGAUUAUUGUAGAUACAGACACGUAGUGACAUUUGAAAGCUCCUUCCUUCAGCUCUCUGAUGAGUUUUAGAACAGUUAAUUUGGUGGAUUAGAAUUCAAAGAAAGAGGAGUUUUCGAGCUCAACUCCUUUCCGCGCAGGUCCCACAGCAGUGGCAAGACGUGAAUUAUAGAGUAUCGAUAUUCCCCCAUUUGAUGUUGUGGUAAAGAAUCGAUUAUUAAUGGGUUCGUCGCAAACAUCCUGUAAAUCCAUCCUUUCCCAUUGUUUGUUAUUCCACUGGCACGUGAACUACUACAUCUGUCGCAAUUUUUAAGUAAGUAAUUCGAAGAAGGUAGAGCUUCUUGCAAAAUACAAUAAAGAACCAUUAAAUGCUAAAACAUAGCAGGAUUGGCCUCCUAUACCGUGCUAAAUUGCACUUACUUAAGUAUUUUUUUUCUUCUUAAACUCUUAAUGUAAACACGACUCGUUUGCUUAAAACCAUCUUCUUAAUGUUCUAUAACUCGUAGGAUAGCUCAAUACGGUGGCCUAAAGAUAUAUUUUACCGACUCUCUGUAUCUAUUUUAAUAAUUUAAAAAAAGUAUAAUCUUUGAACUUACUUUCUCGACGGCCCUUGUAGUUGAAGAAUGUCACAGAAUGAUUUGUGGUUAACUUGACUUCCUCAUAAGAGUUUUCAUGUCUCUGAAAAAAAGAAAGAACUCCUCAUGUCCUCUUAUUACCUUCCUCUUGUGGCAUCAAGCUGAACAUAUGAUAUUUCAACAUCAAAUAAUAGCGCCAGUGGGUGGGUGGGUGGGUUGACUAUUUUUUGAAAGUUGUGAAUAAUUGCCGAGAUUGAAAUUCUGACUCAUGCAUAUUACACAUUACUCAUACAUAUGUAUAGUAGUGAAUAGAUUGAAUUUUUCAAAAAGGAACCAAGAGCAUUCGAAUGGUACCAGGAUUGUGCAACUUACAUUUUUUGUAAAUAAUUACUUAAAUCAUGCAAAAAUUUAAAUUCACAAAGAUUAUUUGGAGUAAAGAUAAAACUUUUUUGAUGAUACAUUUAUAUUUGCAAGGUAAAAAGAGUCUCAAAAUCUUACAUUGAAAUGCUAUUGGUUCUUUCUUGCAAAAUGCAAUCCAAAUGUCGUAUCCACUGACGGAAGGACAAUAGUUUGAGACUAUAUUCCAUUAUUACAAACACGUGUGCUGAAUGUUGUGCAAAUAAGUCAAAACUUUCACAUUCCAUGUAUUGCAUUUUACGUUCUCUACAAUGUUUUUUUUUUUUUUUGUUUAUUUUUUGAUAUUUACUUACUGUAUCGCUCAUUGAUAUUAUAACAAACAUUGGCGAGUUCAGGAAUAGAUAAGCUUACAAAGCGAAUGUGCUUGAUACAUUUUUUUCUUUUUAACUCCAGUGUCGAGGCGUGAAUGAUCGAUUAUAGAUAUUUCCCCAAUUGAAGCUGUGGUAAGGAAAUCGACUAUUAUGGUGUUCGUUUCAAACACCUGAAUAAUCGAUAUUUUUAAUUACAGAGGCUUCAAUGCCAGAUGAAUUGAUAUAUUGUAAAGCACGCCAUGCCACUGUUUAACUCCCAUUUCAUACUUUUUCGGUGAGCAGUGUCGGUCUGGCUCGAAAAUUCUUGGGGUGCUGAUUCGUUUUCGCGGCCCCUAUUUUAAGGUGGAGCCCCCCUAACUGACCAAAAGUCCUCCUAUUUGGGUUUUAAAGUUUGAGGGGCCCCUACAUGAAUCUUGCCAGGGUUUUCUGAGCCACCCGUCAGAAUUUCUGUGGCGCUGAAGCACCAUAGCACCCCUAGCUACACCGCCCCUCGUAGCAAGAGGGGGAUGAUAGCUUUCUUUAACUAUCUUGCAUUCAUCACUGGUUGCAAAAGGCAACAAACAUUAUAGAACUUAUCACCCCCCGCUAAAAACUCAAUUUUCACAAAAAAGAAGUCAAGGAAACUUUCAAUAUGAACGGAAGUAGUGAAGAUAUUGCGUGAGAAGAGGUGAGGAGGAGUGAUUUCUGGAGAAGUCGUGACAUGUUAUUAACUACGAUAAAUAAAACAAAUGAAUAAACAAAUAAAAUCAGGAUCGUCCAAAAUAAUGAUCAUUGUAUAUUACUGAAUCACUGUUAGUUGCCUUACCUAGUAAUACGUCUAACAUGCAUAUAUGUAUAUUUUAUUUAAUUAAUUAGUCACAUAUAUCCAGUCAAUCUUAAUGUCAGAUACUCCCACCGAGUCAGGAAAUUUAAAAUGCGCCUAGUUUUUUCCUGCGAAUAUUUGGAACAUUACAGGUGUGUCGGAAUUGGUCAGUAAACUAACUUUCGAGAUAUAUCAAAUAAGAGAAAAAAUAUCAAAAUGAGGAAAAAUAAGUUUUUCAUUUGUGUUCGUCUCGUCGAGAGAAUCUGAGUUUAACUCUAUCCUCCUUUGUUUAGAUCUCUUGUAAAGAUCUUCUGUAAAGAGCGUUGUAGUCUCUCUCUCCUGCCCCCCUCUCUCUUUCUGCCCCUCUGUAGAAUAUCUCAAAAAAUCUCGCUGUUCGAAAUGGUAGCUGUUUUCAUUCCUGAAGCAAUUUACCAGCUCGCCUCGUAUUUCCCCGUAAAAUGUUCUGUUAGAAAUUUAAGGUAAUUAUAAUGUGAGUUAAAUAAUAAUACCGGAAGGAACUUAAGAUAUUUUUUACCGAUUGAAAAAAAACUUGAAUCAAAAUUUAAGCUAAUGUUCCCAAUAUGCAAAAGGAGACAACUUUUCGCUAUUACUGAGUUUUCUGUUAUACAUUCAUGUUCAUACUAAUCCUUAAAUUCAAGAGUUAUUUUCUUUAAUUUUGUAAAUUUUGUUGUGUAGAGGAAAGUCUAAUAUCAAAGAGAAAUUCCACAAAAGUUAUGAGUGUUCAACAUCAUGAACACAUGAAACCUCAGAGAUGCGACAAAUUGUUUUAUUAGCCCCUUUCCAUGUCAAAGUGUCCAUAUUGGAUCGCAACAAUGACUGGUGCACACAAUCUAAGUCAAAUGACCGUGUAAGGUCAAGUAUUACACGUGCUAGUCUUACCCCUGUAAGAAAUUGAAAAAUAAAAAACAAAUUAGGAAAUAUUUAUGGAUAGUAUAUUUUGUUGAUACUUAAUUAAAUACUCUGUAAGAAGUUUAGGGAUACAUUUGUAGAUUAUUAUAUGUACACUGAUCUCUUAUAUUGAUUGUACAUUUGUAGAUUUGACAUUAAUUGUAGAUUUUUAAAGAUGAUAAAUGGUUACCGAAAUUUGUAGCUGGUGUAGGUUCAGAAAAUUUUAUCAAUGGUAAAAGCACACCUGCCGAGCCUUACUCCUGAUAUUAAUAAUUGAACAUAAUUAAGUGAAAUAUGAAAAUAAGAUCCAUCUGAAAUAGGAGUUUUCGAAACAGUGUAUAGUCCGUUUUGGUGCUAUUGCACACAUGUUGUUCCAAUUUCCACAAUCGGCCAGCUGGAGUCAAUAUCCGUAAAUUUUCCACUGUACAGAUCGCCUUUUAUGCAUGUGCAAUCUUAAAGAGGAGACGUGUUAAGAGGUGAUGCUGUGAUCAUGAUUAGACCAGCAGACAAUUUCAAUAGCUAGCGUAACUCUUUUGGUUCAUUAAUACAACUAUUCGUGCUCUGAAAAUAUGCGUGUUGCAUACACAAAAAGUUGAAGGCACUUUUGGUGUUCUUGACCGAGCAUCGUGUCAUCACAAGUCGCCGCUGACAAUGAGAUGUAUUACUCCAUAUAUGGAGCAAUACAUCUCAUAGGAGUAUACUCCUAUGAGAAUUGAGGAAAGGACAAGAAAUCAAGGAGUAAAAGUGGCGAUGAAAUCUGUUUCAUUAAAGCUCAUCUCGUAAUCAAUCGAAUGUACUAUUGUACACGCUGCGCAAAUUUUCUCUCGGAGGAGAAAUCCAUAUCUCCUUCGAAUUUGUGUAUGCGACACGCAUCUCCAGAACACAAAUAAUUGUAUCAAGGCAUUACUUCAACUGAAACGCCGUUGGAAACAUUUAGUUUUGUUCAAUUUCUGUUGCAAAAGUAUUCAUCCCUUUUUUAUUCGUGCACUAAUAAAAUGUUAUAUUCUUGGUCGUCAGUUAGAAAAGGGACCGUAGCAUACGGCGACGAAAUUUUUAAGAUGAGAAUGGGUGUAUGCUAUGUAUAAGAAGCUCCUCACAUCUUUCAAUUUACAGGGGACCCUCUGUCCGCUUAAUAAUCCUCAAUAAUUUCAAAAUUGAUAAAUGUCAGGUAAAAUAAUUUUCUGUACAUUCCAGGAUAAUUGCGAGCAGUCAGGUGCUUAUUACUUAUUACACUGUAAUGGCCAUGAUGAAUUUUCCCUUUUUAUUGUGUAUGCACUCUAAAAAUUGACGGGCUCUAUUGUCUAAGUACCUACUAGUGGAAUAUGUAUUGUCUCCACAGAAGUUUGGCGUUUUUUCUGUUAAAAUUUUCAUCCUUCAUUCCAACCAUUCCAAACUCUUUCUGCUUUUUCCGCUUUUGAUCAUCACUUGACUCAUUUUUUCUAUUAUUUGUUUUUCUAGUCAUGUAUUAAUUUAUUUAAAGGGUGUCAAGGAUGAAGGGGUUAAGUGAAUAUUUAGAAACAUUUGUUUUUCUAGUCAUGUAUUAAUUUAUUUAAAGGGUAUCACGAAUGAAGGAGUUAAGUUAACAUUCAAAAAUUACGGGACAGUUGUACGAAAAACUCAACUCAAGCUGAAAAAUAAUAUGGAAGGUAUUCAUCCUUGAAUUCAAAAAUUGAGGCGAAAGACGAAAGUAGUAUUUAAUUUCAUAAAUAUUUUGUCAGGUGAGGUACACACGAGAUGAAUAUCGUGAAAAAAUUUCAAUACUUGUACACUUAACUCGUUUAUGCUUGAAACCCUUUGUUUAUUUAUUGAUUUAUUUAUUUACUUACCCCGUAAUUUCUAAAACUAUUUAUUUUUGUCAUUCUUGUCAAUUCAAUUAGGUAACAUUAUUUAUUCUAUUAUUUACUUACGUUUGAGAUGUUAUUUUAGUUCGCUAGACACAUUGUUGUGAUUGUUUUUGUUCAUUCAUCAAUUGAAUGUUUCCUCAAUAUUUUUUAUGCGCAGAUUUGCCCUUUGUAUGAUGUGUAGAUAAAUUGAAAAAAAUUAGAGAAUGUUUCCUAGAA